AUGGGAGCAUCAACCUUUGGGGUAGGUUUGAUACCUUUGAAAUUGAACUUAUCAAAACUACAAUUAAACAAUAUGUCAUUGUUUAGUAUGGGGAUCUUAAUUGGAACUUCGAUUGUAAUUAUAUUACCGGAGGGUGUUGAAAUGUUGUCAGGAUCAUUAGAUAAGAAGGAGGAAGUAUCGAAAUAUAUCGGAUUGCCAAUUUUAAUUGGAUUUGUAUUGAUGUUUGUAUUAGAAAAUUCACCGGUGAUUUCAUAUAUUGGUGGGGAUUAUAGCUUUCUUGAAUAUGGCAAUGGAACCAAUACCAAUAUCAUAAAAUCAAUUACAGGGUCUUCGAUAACUAUUGGUUUAGUAGUACAUGGAUUGGUAGAUGGGAUUUCUUUAGGAUCAUCAUUUCUGAAAAAUGAACAAAUGUUUAAAUUAUUAAUCUUUUUAGCAAUAAUAGUUCAUAAAUUACCAACUGCAUUUAGUUUAGUCUCAAUAUUGAUUCAUGAAGGUAUUAAUGAUGAUUUAUUAUACUGGCAUAUCUUCGUAUUCGCCAUGCUGACACCAAUUGCCUCAUUGGUUACAUUUGCAAUCGUGGCAAUAAUUCAUAAAGAUAAUGAAUUCAUCAUUGGGAUAUUAUUGUUGUUUUCAGGUGGAACAUUUCUUUAUGUUGUCAAUCAUGUUAUAGGAGAAAUGUUUGACAAUCAUAAGGCUGAGAAUUUACCGGUUAGUGUAGAGAGUGAUGGGACAUAUAUAUCGCAACCUUCCGCGCCGCAUUCACAUCCAAGCAUGAAUUUAAGUGAGUUGGGGCUUUCAUUAUUGGGAAUUGUAAUUCCAUUGAUACUAAGUAUCACAUUUCACGAAUAA